UAGCUUUUGAUAUAACGCCUACGUGAUGCAAAUCAAAGAUGGCGGCACGAUGCCGUAAAAUCUUUGUCAAUUUUCUCACAUGAGAUACGAACAAAGCAAUGAAUAUUUGUACAUGCACGCCAAAAAUAUUCAUUUAUAAGGAAACUUUUAAGCGGAAUGGAAAGUGAUGAUCAAUAUGGCCCUGCUUUACCCCCAGGAAUGGUCGUAGCGAGUGAACGUGCUUCAUCUAGUGCAGAAGGCAAAUCUAGCAAAAAAUCCUCCAAGAAUGUCAUAGGUCCAUCACUGGCACCGGGUAUGCAGAAGUCUUCCGACAGCGAUGACCUCAGCGAUGAAGGGGCUCUUACAGUGAAGAUGGACCCUGAGAUGUCCCCUGAGUACACCAUACAAGAUGAUCAAGAAGAAGCAGACGACAAAAACAAUUCCGAAACAGUUGGCCCAAUGCCCUCAGAGAUGACACAGGAAGUUGGCGUUACACAGGUAUCGGAAGAAUUUGAAAGACGAUCGAAGAGAAUGAAGGAUCAGCUCACAGUGAAGAAAUAUCGUCUCCGCCCGCGGUUGCAGGCCGAAGCAGAAGAGGGACCCUCCAAGCGAGAAGAGUGGAUGACGGAAUUGCCCCCAGACAUGAGCAAGAACUUUGGACUUCAGAACCGCACGUUUUCGAAAGGUGCCGGAGCCCCAGAGGACAAGGAUAGGUCCAGUUGGACAGACACACCGACCGUGAAGAAAGAGAAGGAUGGCAGCAGUAAAGGAAAGAAGAGGAAAAGGGAGGAAGAGAAGGCAGCGUCGGGCAGAGAUCAGCAACUGCAGCAACAAGUGGACGAAUACAAUAAGAGUAAGCGUCCUGAUUCGCUCAUGGACAUGCACGCCAAAAAACAAAAGAAGAAAAAGGGAUCAGCGGCAGCCCCAGUAACGAGCACCCCGGCCGACUCGACCCAGCCCGCCCCAGCCGCCACCGCCACGACCUCCACGGUCACACCCGUCACACAGCCGCCCAACGGCCAGGUACCCGGGCAGCCACAGCCACAGCAAGCUCCGGGCCAGCCACAGCCGCCGCAGGCGACGGCGCAGCAGCAGCAGCACAUGCAGCAGUACUUCCAGCUGUCGGACGAGAUCCGAGAGUCCCUGGACCUGCUGACGGAGCAGAAGAACCAGGAGCAGUUCUACAGCCAGGAGUUUGCAGCAGGCGAGUUCAACGAGGCUAAGCCCUUAGCUGACCUGCUGAUGAACUCCAACAUGGUGACCUACAACCAGGACGGCACGGCCACCUUCUCGCAGGCGGGCCAGGCCCAGACGCCGUUCAGCAGCAGCCAGAUGAUCGCGCAGGCGUACAGCCACGCCCAGCAGCUGUCUGUGUCCACGCCCGCCUUCUCCCAGGUGGUGUCCACCAACAGCUUCCCCGCACAGAGCCUCCCCGCCCAGGUGGCCGGCAAUAUGAACGUCACAGUGGUCAACUCUAGCCAGGCUCAGGAUGCUGCUACUGCUGCGGCUGUGGCUGCUGCUCAACAACAACAGCAGCAGCAACAACAACAGCAGACUCACCAGGCCACGGCUCAGACGAUCGAAGUGAACGGCCAGCAGAUCCAGACGCAGCAGGCCACGGCCCAGCCACAGAUCCAGGCCGCCCAGCAGGUGCACGGCUACAGCGAGGCCUACGCCGCUCAGGUCACUGGGGACGCGGCGGUCGCGCAGCAACAGCAACAACAGCACCAGCAAGGCCAGGUGGUGACCUUCUCGCUGGCCGGGGGUCAGAACAUGAUCAUUGCCUCCCCCCACACCCAGCAGGCGGGCCAGAACUACGUGAUAGCCCAGCAGGGGGCGGCACCGGGCCAGAACAUCGUCAUAGCAGCGCCAGGCCAGCAGGCCAUGUCAGGCAACUUCAUCGUGAAGACGGAGGGCGAGGAGCUGGGUCAGAACAUCGUGUUGACGCAGAACCUCCAGCAAGCGCUGGGCCAGAACGUGCUGCUCACGCAGGACGGGCAGAUCGCCACCGCCGCGCCCACGGAGAACAUGGUCCUGGCCACCGCCGACGGCCAGCGUGCGCAGACCAUCACGGCCACGAGGCAGAUCCAGCCUGCCCCGCAGCCUCAGCCGCAGCAGCAGCAGGUGCUGACACAGGCGGGCAUCCCGCUGCAGGCCGGGGGCGCUCAGAUCCCACAGGUGUCGCUGGUCCUGCCACCCGUCAACUCGCUGUUCCCGCAGAUCCAGAGCGCGGGGGCGCCACAGGCCGCUACAGCUGCCGCCACUACGGCAACCGUCUCCCCUCAGGCCUUCCUCCAGCUGUGCGCAAAGAUGGACAAGAUGAUGGGGCUGGUUAAGGACUCGCAGACCGUCCUCUUUGAGAUGAACAAGCGGGUGGAGCGCAUCGAGACGCACCUCUUCCCUCAGCCCACCGCCAUGACGCAGGCCACGCCCAACAAGAGCAACAAGAACAAGCCCCGCCCCGUGGUGCCGGCAAGCUCCACCCCCCAGCCGGCCGGCGGAGCCAGCACCAACACACAAGUCACAAAGGCCAGCCUGAAGGCCGCCCUGUCCAACUACCUCACCAUCUCGGACUACACAGCCACGGACGAGCUCAAACGCUCGGACUCCAACUCGGAUCUCUUCAUCCCCGUGGGCACGGUGUCCAUGGUGCAGGGUCAAGCCAUGAUCGAGGCGCCCAGCCCCUCGGAGACUCCAGAAACGGCGUCCAGCACGGUGGCCGAACUCCCCACAGAGCAGGAUCUGCUCCCCGUCGUCCUCAACAACAUGGGCCAGCCAGUGGCCAAUGCCUCCGUGCCAACGUCGGACAUCAACGUGCCCAUCGUGGACAGCCAGAGCGGCAUCGCGGUCACCGUCUACGAUGAAGGCAACGAGAACCAGAAGUUUGAGUUGGGCCCCGGCAGCAGCAAGGAGCCCAACGCCCGCUUCUCCAACACGUCGGGCUCGCCCAAGACGGUCAUCCUUGACCCUCGCUUCUGGGACAUCCUGGUGGAGGACUUCCAGAAGAACAUGAGCUCGGACCAGAUCAUCUCGGCGAUGUCCUCCACCCGCAAGCCGCUCGUCCGGAGCAUCGGCACCAGCGAGAUCAGCAUCUGCUCCACAGUGCUGAAGGAGGCAGAGUCUGCGUGCCAGGGCCGCAGGGAGAGGCUGGCCAAGGAGCUGGUGUUCCGCAUCUUCACCCUGGGCGAGGUCUACGACCGCAAUGUGUCAGGCGUCUUCUACAUCAAUGGGAAGAAGAUGGAGAACAAGAACAAGGCGCUGGACCCGGCCAAGAUGGCCGCCAUCCACUACCUGGUGAUGAAGUACCCGCCCAGCGUGGUGGACAACCCCCGGCUGGAGAGGCUGGUCUGGAAGAACUGCGUGGACCGCAUCAAUGACGCUCUCCGCCGCAUCUACAACUGGAUCCACAAGAUCGUGGACGUCAACAACAUUAUGGACAAGCUGCCCACCGACAGCAUCAUGAUGCAUUAGACUUUCCAGAGUUGCGAGCGCCGUAAAACUCUUACUAAAACUAACAAACAGACUUAUGAGACUUCUAUCUCGCUCUCUCUCUCUCUCGAGUAGAUCAAGACCUCUUCAAUGUGAGGAGAUCGCAGAAAAAGAUGAAGAAAAAUUCAUAGCGUUGUGCCCUUGUGGUGUUUGAAAGUGGUGGCUGUAAUGGGGAAAAUUCUCCCCUGAAAAUUGAGUGAAUCCUUCAGUAAUCGUUCUCGUCUGCGGGCUGACUCUAGAGUGCGUACGUACGUGUUUUCCCUCCGUGCGAGUUCCGUGGUGCUAUGAGACUGGGUCGGGGAGUAGGGACACGUGGACAAGUACGUGGUUACCUCCCUCCUGCUUGUGGCUGGACUGUCUCUCCGUGUCGUGUCUUCGGGUGUUCGUGGGGAAGGAACAGCGAGAAUCCCAUCCAUGACCAGCUGUCAGAUGUGUUUGAAGAUGUCGGAUGUGUAGGAAGAUGUGGUAUUAGAUUGAUGUGUCUGCCACAUUGUCGAGGUGCGUUUGACGAGUGGCACCACCACCAGCGCUGUCUGUGUCUCUGGCAGACUAUCGGCCUUACGUUGGACUGAUGGCGUAAUGAUAUCGUCAUCUCGUGGAAUGUCUGGACGCAGUGACGUAGAUGCCGUUGUGGCUGAAGGACUGAAGAAAAAUGAAUGUACCAAUUUAUUGUCAGGACUGGUGGGGUAUGUGCUGAGCGUCUGAGUCUGAGUGAUUGUUGGAUGGUCGUGGUGUUUAUAUCAGCGACCUUUUGUGUGUCCGGUGGAGGAGGGCUGGCAGAUUAUGUAAAUGUGUAGUUCCAGUCCACUGAGCUCGAAAUAAAAUUCCUUGGGGGUUGAGGAAGGAUUGUUUGAUGCUGCAUGUGUCCACGGGCAAUGUGUCGGGAUCACUGUGUGUGGUAGUGGCUGCCAGUGGGUGCUGCCAGCUGAUCAGGACUGCAUUUAUUGUCUCUGUUUCAUCCAUCAUUACUACUGACUGCUCUCGUGUGACUAUGAGUUUAUGGGAAAAUUUCGUGUGUGGACGUACCCAUGAAAUGGAAUGAACAUUACGGUGUAUUCCUUUCUUGGCUGUAUGAGAUUGAACUGGCGCAGACGUGCUAUUAGUGGCACAUUUGACCUUGACAAGUGACGUUCAGCAGGAUCAAAGUGUUCAUACUGGAGAUGUGUGGAAGGGUUUUUAGUUUCUCUUUUCUCUCUCUCUCUCUCUCUCUCUCUCUCUCUCUCUCUCUCUCUCUCUCUCUCUCUCUCUCCCUUCCCCCUCUCUCCCUGACAUGAUGUGCUUCGACCUUCGUCCUUUCAAUGUUUUGUUGUGUGACAGUGCAUUUAAUUUCUAUACAUUAUAAUUUGUUGUGAAGGAGCAAAUACGAAUGACAUGUUUGCUUUCUGUUGACUAUUUCAUUUCCAAAUGAGAAUGCCUGCUUUUGAAUUUUGUAUGUAAUCGUAUGAGGGAGUUUGUAGUCUGUAUGUUUUUUGUUCAGAUAUCAUAGCAGACCUACCAAACAAAUAUCCUCCCCCCCAAAAAAAACUCCGCCUUGAUCAGACAAAUUUAUUCCUAUUUUGUAGCCUUUUGAAAGACCUACAGUGUUUCCUUUGAACAGAUUUUUCUUUUUCUAGUUACUGUUAGUUGUACCAUAUGGAUAUAUGGUAUUGCAUAAAGAACAUUGUUGAAAUUCACACCGAUAAAUACGAUUAUUGUAUUUUCUGUUCUGGACACACUUCUGCAGGUUAAGCUGCCCGCAUUUAUUUGAGUGUGGUUUGUUCAAAGGUUCAUUUCUGGGUGUGAUUUUGGUCUUGUGUUUUCCGUUUAGUGGUCGAUGUGCUUCUCUGAUAUACUGCGGGCUGGUUGCACGACUGGUGUUUUGGUGACUCGUAUAUCUGAUCUUUAUCCCAGGACUCAGUGUUCUGCUUUCUUUGAGUGUUUUGGACCCGUUCUCCUUCUUCUGGCCAUCAAAGAACUGAUGAUUCUGUUACUGGUGUGUGUCUGUUACUGUUAUGAUACGUCGGUCUCUGUUAAUGGUAGGUGUCCUAUCUGUCUCUGUUACAUGCGUGUCUAUCUCUGUUACUGUUACGUGUCUAUCUACCUCUGUUUUGUUUGAGUCUCUGUUUCUGUUAUUACAUUUCUGUCUCUGUUACUGUUACAUGUCUAUCUGUCUCUGUUUUUUUAUGUGUCUGUCUCUGUACGUGAAAAGGCAGUGGUUCAGUAUGUCUUAAUGUGUGGGGUGUACGAAACUAUUGAACGUGUAAGUGUUUUACGCAUUUUAGUUUGUGGCUGGUGGCUCAAGAGUGCUGGUUCUUGUGACAUUACCUUUGAACUUUUUCUGUCUGUCCCCGUCGCGUUGUGUAAUUUACGGCUAGGGGGCAGCUCUCGACAGGGGCCCACAUUUAUUUCAUCUGCUCUGUACAUAGGCGUUGAAAAAUCUCUCAUUGCUUCUGGCAUAAUGGAUCUGGUACACAUACAUGCUGGCUUCUUUCAUGACUGCAAUAUCCACAGAAUCAGAACGCACUUGACCUCACGCAAGGGAAAUUGUUCAUCUGCACUCAAUUAUGACUUCCUUGGAAACGAAAGAUGCACAAAUGAAACGGCUCUUGUAGUUGUUGCCUCUGUAAAUAAGAUGGUUCUAGCUCGUCUGUCAGUUGACGGCAUUCCUUCGCUCAUCUCUGUCCUCGUCAUUUGUAUCUGAUCACCAGAACAAUUCUCUCGCAUUUAUUUUAAACAGAGAUUUUCAUAAUUGUUGUCUAUUAUUGAUUUUCUCAUACUGCCUUUAUUAAUUUUUUUCAAUGUGUUUGUCACUUUCCUCUCUUGAGUCAAUUUCAUCCUUCCCCAAAAGCUUUAACAUCCUGUGUCUGUGGCCAAUACUGUGUUCAGUCGCAGACGUGAGUGUUGCCAGAUUUCUCUGUGUCAGGGACAAAGUUUGCGGUAAAUGUGUCUCCUAGUUUCUUGCACACUAGUUUGAGUGGUUGUCGCACCUUUUACUUUUCCAGUUGUUUAGCGGAUUUAGCUGUUUCUGUUGUCUGUGCUGUGUUUCUGAUGUCUCUUUUUGUUGAAAGAAGUGAUUUCUGGUACUUGUCGUGUUAAAAGGGGCCUUUGGCACCUCAUGACAAACUGUAAAGAAAACGUGCCUGGGUUUUUUUUUUUUAUAAACUUUUGUGUGCUUAAUCGUGCAGUCCUCAGGGUAGUGAGCUUUCUCUUGCCGAAUACUAUUUCACUCUUUUCAAGAUUUUUCUGAUUUGAAUUGUCAUACACUCCCCCCACCCCCCGCCCUAGAUCAUUGUUUCGAUACAUUGUUAGGGUGUUAUGUAGGGGAGAAACUUGUGUCUCAUCUAUGAAGAUACUUGUGAUCCAAAAGAGCAGAUUUUUGUGUUAGGGGAGGGGGGUGGGCUGUGUUAGUGUGCUUGAACUUGAAGAAAAUUGGUUGGGUUUUUUUGUGUGUGUGUGUGUGGAAUUUCUCUUCUGAAUUUUGGCAUAACGUCUCUCGAAGUUAUCACGUAGAGCUCGGCGAUGUUGAUACUUUUCUUGGCGUUUUGUGUGCCUCUAGGCGUUGUGCAUUUUUUCUGUUUUCAUCUAGGUGUGAAUAGUGUUCGGGUCUUGUGAUUAAAUGCUGUAAAAAAUUUACUUUCACCUCUAUCUCUAUCCACUGGUGGUAACAGGAAUCCAUUUUGUCUUCUUGAAAAAUAUCUUCUAGACUGUGUUUCCGUAUGGUCUGGAGACUUCCGUUUCUGUGUUGAAAAAAGUAUUGGGACUGCUUGUCAUAUUUGUCUUGUCAUUCACUGAUGACUAGAAAGUGUGUGUGUGUGUAAGUGCUUUAGGCGCCUGUGUGUCUGUUGUGCUUGCGUGUGUGUGUGUGAAGGUGCUUGCGUGUGUGUCUGUGUGUAGAUGUGUGUGUGUGUGUGUGAAUGUGAUACUCGCUGCGUGUGUUGUCAGUCCAACACUGACUGAUAAGUGUUCAGAAGGUAGACAGUGUUUGGCCGUUGUUCUGUCUUGUGGUUCCGUUGACGACACGUAAACAUUCAGAUCUUUGACAGAGCUCUCAGACACUAGUUUUUCCAAUACAAGGUUCCAGGGGUCUCCUUGAAUUCAAGAAGUCCUUGUAAACUCCUUGAAUUUGAGAAACCUCCGUGAAAACUCCUUGAAUUUCACUGGAUUGGACAUGAACUAAAUUUUUGUCAGAAAAUCAAAACUACCAUUCCUUUCAGGCAAGUGUAGACCUAUUGGAAAUAGGCUUUCGGCAUGAAUUUCUUAACCAAAUCUCCUUGAAUUUUAAAAUUUUCUCCUUGAAACCUCUUUGAAAUCUCCUUGAGUUUGGCUGGGAGUUCAUGGCAGGAACCCUGCAAACAUUGACAAGUGGUGGUUGUCUCUGUGAGUUGUCGCGCUGUGAAUGACUGCAUGAUCAGAUGGCAGGAUAUUUCCUGACUUUCCUCUUUGACAUGACCAAGAGACAAUUCUUUAGCCUUUAGCUCCUCUGGUAGCAUAUUGGACUGUGGAGCUGUUCAUGGCCCUGGUUUGAAUCCCAGAUUGGGUGUUUUUUUAACUAUGUUGUUUUGUGGAGUUUUCGUUUUCAAGGCUUACAGCCUAUUUGGCUCAAUUGUACCGGAGACGGGCGUUAACUUCGUAGGGCUGGCCUCUUUCUUAAAUUCUGUAACCCAAUAUAAUAGUGUUGUUACUAGGGACGUUAAACCCGUACACACUUACUUUUUUUUGUGAACAAGAGACUUUGGACUUCAGACUUUUCCCCCCUGUGUUGUUGAGUUUAUCUGGUGCAUGUAAAAGAAGACAGGGGUCCUUUUUUUUUUACAUACGUUCUUCUUGCGGCUUGUUCAGUGUACUAUCUUUUUCUAUGUUGUUCUUUCUUAAAGUACGUCUAAAUUACUGAAAGGUACUCUUGAAAGCAUAUAACAUAACAUAGGUCGCUGUGUGCCCUCCAUUUGUUGUAUCACGCGAAGAUGUUGAUUGUGACUUUUUCGUUUGUUUGUAUGUACUCUAUCAAGAACACUCCCCACCCCACCCCUAUCCUCCCAUAUCUGUCGUGAAAUAAUCUGUGUUUUUUUGUUUGUGUGAACAGUACAGAAGACAUACAGACAUGAUACAAUGGCAGCAGACUCGACUGGUUUUAUUUUGUGCAUGUUAUGAAUUUGCCGUUACUUUGUAAGCUUUUUUUUUUUUUUAAAUUCUCAUUCAUAAAGUAAUAAAGGAGGUGCUGUAGUGUUCAGAUAGUGGAAUGUCAUGAAUUUUUACGCUGAUGAUCGUUAUGAAGAAAUGUUGGGUUUGUGGGUGGGGCUGUUGUGGCAGAAGUAAAGAUCUGAAGACAUGUUUUUUUUGCUUUAAAUAUGUGUGAUAUUAUUCGACGUAUGUACCUUCUCUUAUUCUUAUGUUGUUAGUUGAUCCGUGGUUUCAUUUGAAUGAUAAGUUCUGCUGGAGAGCCUGUGCACACUUAAGACAUGUCACGCAGUCGGGCAGAAUAAAAGAUAAUCUUCUGAACAACAA